UUAUUGUGAGGCUGCCACGUGUCUAUUAUAAUGUGAAUGCAUUUAUUACGAUGCUUCUCUUUUAAUAUAUAAGGGAUAUGAUAAGUUUCCGCAGGGGUAUUUUCGUACGGCCAUCAAAGUCAAAAGAUAAAGUAAGAUCUUCUCGUUCCGACAAGAUACAAGACACGAGACACAAAUACCCUAUUUAAAGCGCAAAGAUCAGACACACACACAUACACACUUAGCCUCAAAACCUUUCUCCCUUGUGAGUUCUGAGUUAUCUUCAGUAAAAUGGGGAGAUCUCCGUGUUGCGACGAGAAUGGGCUGAAGAAAGGGCCAUGGACACAAGAUGAGGAUGAGAAACUGAUUGAUCACAUUCAAAAACACGGCCAUGGAAGCUGGAGAGCUCUUCCUAAGCAAGCCGGUUUAAACCGAUGUGGAAAGAGUUGUAGACUGAGAUGGACCAACUACUUGAGACCUGACAUCAAGAGAGGAAACUUCACCGAAGAGGAAGAAGAAACCAUCAUCAACCUCCAUUCGCUUCUUGGAAACAAGUGGUCGUCAAUAGCCAGUAAUCUUCCUGGAAGAACGGACAAUGAAAUCAAAAAUUAUUGGAACACACAUUUGAGAAAGAAACUGCUCCAAAUGGGGAUUGACCCGGUGACACAUAGGCCUCGAACCGACCAUCUGAACGUGUUAGCCGCUCUCCCACAACUUAUCGCCGCCGCAAAUUUCAACAACCUCUUGAAUCUCAAUCAAAAUGUGCAACUGGAUGCAGCAACUCUUGCCAAAGCUCAAUUAUUACACAACAUGAUUCAAGUCCUUAGCACCAACAACAACAACAUUCCAAGUUCUUCUCCAUUAACCAUGCAGACCAAUAACAAUCUCUUUGGCCAAUCUUCUUACUUAGAGAACCAAAGUCUUUUUGGUCAACCUCAAAACUUCUCUCACAUUCCUGGGGCUAACCACGACGAGAAAAUGAUGGUAGAAAACCAAAUGAUUGAUCAGCCUUUGGAUUCUUUUUCUUCCCUGAUGCAAAUGGAUGUUCAAGAUGAUCAUAAUUCGCUUCCUCUAUUGGUUGCGGCAUCUCCUGAGGAAUCUAACCAGAGCCAGAUGAUGAUCAAAAAUAAAGACAUCGUUCACCGUCAUGAUACUUCUAACCCUUCAUCAUCAAACUCGUCGUUCACACAAGAUCACCAUCAGCCAUGGUGUGACACUAUUGAUGAUGAAGCAGGUGAUUCUUAUUGGAAAGAGAUCAUGGAGCAAACGUGUUCGGAACCAUGGCCGUUUCCUGAAUAGACAAUACUGAAAAACAAAAAAAAAAAGUGCUAGAGAAUAAUUUUAUAUUUUUGUUGUUGUUGUUGUCGAUAGAGUUAUUCUAUGCAUAUUUAUCGUUCACUCAUUCACAGUUCAUUUUCUUUCAGACCAUGUGUAGUAAAUUGAUCUUAUAAAGUUUUAACUUAUUGUAUUAAAUACACAUAUUUGAUCUUGUUUGUAAUUACACUUUUAGAAUAUAAUUUCAGAUGUCCUUUUCAAAUAUGAAGUUUGUUUAUUUUCCGAUCAUCACUAUAAAACAUAAACGUAUAUACAGUAUCAAACGCAAAGACAAAUAUUUUCUUCGAUUUGAAUUUUACUUGGAAAUAACUAUACUAUAUAAACGUGAACGAAUAUACAAACGCGUAACAAAAAACAGUCAAGCCUGUAAUGUCUGCUAUUAAUUGUAUUUUAGUCAAAGAUGUAAAAAUAAAACAAAAUCUUGACUAUCCCAUGCCAAAUGAACAAAUAAAUAUGAUUACUUUUGGAUAGAAAUAUAUAUACAUACUUUUGUUUUUUUUACCAAAUAUGAUUGAAGAUUAAAGAUUUAGUUGGCGAUGGGUAAGAAGAAGUGAACUACAAUAUACACUCUGAAAGUGACACAAUCUUGACUUUUCGUAGGAGACAAAAAGACUAACUGAAGAGUUACAUAACUUACGCUACAUGUUUCGCGGGACAGAACAUCUUGAUAUUAUUUUUAAUCUUGCGGCCGAGACUAAACUUACUCUUGAACAUAUUAUGAUCUGAAACAAAUGAAUUAUAAACAAAAAUAUAUCGAAAUUAUAUUUGUUUGCAAUUGUAAUUAUCGUCGUGAUUAUCAUAAUUAUCGUUUGACAAACUAAUAUUAUUGAUCAACAACAAAAUGUGUUUUACUUUAAGCCAAAGAAAAAUGUUUUAAAAGAAAAAUCCAAGAAAGAUGUAGACGUCGGUCAAUGGAAACUGAUUUUGUUUUCUUAAUUCUAAUUCAGAUUAAACAUUCAAGCACAUUUAAUUAUGGAUAGUGACAGGGGAUAAACGUGUGUUAACAUAAACGAUUGACGAUUAUAAGAAGGUACUAAAAAAGUAUUCUCAAGAAUAUAAAAGCCAA